AUGACGCAAGAGGAAAAGCUGAUUUUGUCGCCACUCGUGUACGGAUACUCGUUUGGCACUUCUAAAUGGGGCGCUUUCCCUGUGGAUAAUCUAUCAAACGUCGAAUGGAAUGGGAAUUUGUUGAAUUCGCUCGUCAUGGAGCAAUCGCUUCGAAGCAUCAUGUACGGACUCAUCAAGACCCAUAGCGCUGGCACCUCCAACUUUGACGAUUUCGUCAAAGGAAAGGGCAAGGGUAUCAUCGGCUUGCUCCAUGGCCCCCCCGGCUCAGGCAAGACUUUGACGGCCGAGGCCAUUGCCGAAACGGGCCACAUGCCACUCUACGCUGUAUCUACCGGUGCCCUCGGCCACGAACCCGACAAUAUUCACUCGGAGCUCAUGCAAAUCCUGCGGCUAGCGACGCACUGGGGGGCCGUUCUCCUACUGGACGAGGCCGACGUCUUCUUGGCCAAGCGAACCAUGACGAAUCUGAAGCAGAAUGCCAUCGUCUCCGUCUUUUUGCGGGAGCUCGAGUACUACGAAGGCAUCCUGCUGUUGACGACGAACCAGAUCGAUAGGAUUGACGAAGCCUUUCUGAGCCGAACCCACUUCUGCCACAAAUAUCUAAACCUCGAUGCCGAAGCUCGUAGGGCCAUCUGGCUAAAUUUCAUACAAGACGCCCGAGAAAGAAAAAACAUGACGGUCAAGAUCGAUUCCGAAAGCAUCGAGCGGCUUGCAAAUAUGCCGCUAAAUGGACGCCAGAUCAAAAAUGCUAUGAGCAUCGCCAUCAAGCUCACCGCUGUGACGGUCACGGACUGA